GGACCCCAAGGCCGGCGCCCCCCGCCCGGGGCCGUCCGAGGAGGGACGCGAGGGCCAAAGAAAAUGAUUCCACCGGGGGAGUGUAUGUAUGCUGGAAGGAAAAGAAGAAAACCUAUACAAAAACAAAAGCCAACAUCGGGAAACGAAAAGUCCAACCCUUCAAAGAGGCACAGAGAUCGUCUGAACGCGGAAUUGGACCAUUUGGCAAGCCUCCUGCCUUUCCCGCCGGACAUCAUUGCCAAACUGGACAAGCUCUCAGUCUUGCGCCUCAGUGUCAGCUACCUCAGGGUGAAAAGCUUCUUCCAAGCUAUCCCGGAGAAGCAUUGGAGGAAGCCAGAUGACCCGAUCAAAGGACAUCAUCUAUCCAGUGAGUCUGCCCUGCCGGAAGGGGGAUUGUUGCUAGAGUCUUUAAAUGGUUUUGCUCUGGUGGUGAGUGCCGAAGGAAUGAUAUUUUAUGCAUCAUCAACUAUUGUGGACUAUCUGGGCUUUCAUCAGACGGAUGUAAUGCACCAGAACAUAUACGAUUACAUCCAUGUGGAUGACCGUCAAGAUUUCUGCAGACAGCUUCACUGGGCCAUGAAUCCCCCACAGCUGGCAUUUGGCAGCCCACUUCAGACAGAAACAGGAGAAGACUGUAUUCUCAGUAAGCUGCUCAAGGCCCAGGAGUGUAACAGCACGCCAACGGAGUACUCGGUGUUUCUAACCCGCUGUUUCAUCUGUCGGGUCCGCUGCCUCCUGGACAGCACCUCUGGCUUCCUGACAAUGCAGUUUCAAGGUAAACUCAAGUUUCUGUUCGGGCAAAAGAAGAAGACACCAUCUGGAGCACUGCUACCCCCAAGGCUCUCCUUGUUUUGCAUCGUGGUGCCAAUUCUUCUCCCUUCGGUGGCGGAGAUGAAGAUGAAAAGUGUGCUCUUGAGAGCGAAGCAUAGAGCCGAUGCAGCAGCCCCGACAGACCCCAAAGCAAAGGCUUUGGCGGGUCUGUGUGAAUCGGAGUUUCAUGGGAGAACCAAUUUCCAAGGAGCUAAGAAUAGUGGCGAAAAUGGCAUCUCUCUGUUCAAAAUCAAGUCAAAUGAAGAUGAGUGGCUCUGGGUCCAAGCCAACGGCCAGCGCUUUUACAGGAGUGGCUGCUCUGACUGUGCUGUCGCUCCUCAGCCAACUGCCAACCUCCGUGCCAGGGAGGAGGGGGAGCCCCUUCCCCCAUCUCACAGCACCUCUGGAAUGCCAGGCCGAAGGGAAAUGCCGCCGCAGCCCAGUGGCUCCGUGGAGACCCUGGGACAGAUGGAACACCUGCACUGGGCGACAGAAAUGGGCAGUCAGGAUGGAGUCAGGCGGAAACUCAAACCAAAUAAGACGGAGAAGUGUUUGGGGCAGGAGGGACCAUUCGGGGCUUGGGUGUCCCUUUCAGGAGUCCAAGGCAUUCACCACUCUAACAGCAUCUCAGCUUUCCGAAGUGCCACCCACUCUCCACCGAUGGGUCCGCACGGCUACGCUUUUCCCAGCCGAAUAAUCAGACCUUCCCCCGGCGGAGAGCAAAAUCCACUGAACCCCCGUUCCCACCACGGGCCCUCGGAGACCUUCCAGUCCUGUUCGGGUUUCCAGCAUUUUGCCAUGGGGGGCUACGCUGCCGAAAACGUCAAAUCGCAAAAUACGGAGGCCAUCUGCGAACCGUUGUUGCCCCUCGAUAUGCCCAUCAAAUUGGAAAACGAUUCCGAUUCAGAUCAUGGAGCAGACUGCUUUGCAAUUUCACAAAACCACGGGUGGUUGGGAGAGAAAAGGCAGCUAACCAGCCUCCCUCCUAGGAUGCACUUUAAAACCGAACUGGAUGCCUGCGAGCACCUGGUUCCCUGUGACAACCCGAAGCAUUACAUCUACCCUCCUUUCGGUGGGCAGUGUGCAGUGAGCCCUCAGCCCCACCAUCGAGCCAUCAGUGGAGCAGGGAAGGAGAUGGCAACCUUGUACCCGCCAAACUGUGCCUACUGGGAGCCGCCACACAGCCUUCAGGACCCAGAGUAUCUCAGCCAGUUGUACCCUCCCGGUUCCGCUAGCACAAGGGCGCAGAGGAAUCACCUGUCUUCCAGGCUGCCGGGGGAGCCUCGGGCCCCAGGAGCGGUCCAGAUGAUUAAGCGGGAGCCCUUGGAUUCCCCACCGUGGGUGGGCCGGGGCCACGUGAGCGUCCAAGGGACAAUGCCUCCGAAAGCCACUGGUCGUCUGUUCUUCCAGUAGCUACAGUCAUUUUCCUGUUGGAAAAGAACAGGACACGUUCCCCCAGUUGGCCACCGGGCCUCCAUCUGGCUCCACUUGAUCUAUCUGCUUGGGCUUCCUUCCCGUCAGCGAUCUGUCUCCUCCAACCGGUACCCCAGGGGCUGGGAGGGGCCUGCUGGGAGCUAUUUCUUCCGCCCAACCUGUUGCCCGGUUUUCACUUUGCAUCCUUCGUGAUUGGUACAUUUGUUUUAAAAAGCUUAGCUAUAAAUGGGUUUAUUGUCUUCCAGGCCUCAGUUGAGACCCCAGGCUGCUCUUUCUGCAGAGUGUUGUUCCCAUUACCGUGGUCCGAGCAGACCAGGGAAGAUGGACAAUUUCACGACUGGCUAACCCAACUUCUUUUAGACACCAUAUUUCAACCUCCUCCCCAUCAGACCUUUUCCGAGCCACUUCCAUUGACCGAUGGGUCUUUCACCUCUUUCCAGCUUCCCUUCCCCUCUUUGGCUGAGACUUUCAUUAGGUGGGAUGGAAGGACUGGCAAAGAGGUUAGAAAUCAGGGGCGAAGCACGAAUCCAGAGGCCUUUUCAUUCCAACGUAUUUAUUGAGUGCUUACCGUGUGCAGAGCACUGUACUAAGCGUUGGGAGAGUAGAAUAUAACAAUAAGCAGACAUAUUCCCUGCCCACUUUUCAAUGAGCAGGAGGUGGGGAAUGGAGGAGGGAAACUGCAGGAGGGCUUGCCCUGGGUUCGGAAAUCACCACCCGCCUCUUUGACCAUGGCCUACGACAGGAGCGGGAAAGAGGAGAAGCCACAGGCUUUGCUUGGAGUAUUCCCUGAAUCCCUAAAGACUGAUUUGAAGUCUCUGAGUCCUGGGACCAAACCUAGUAGUGAGUAACUGCAGUACUGGGGAGCACUAUAGGAUGAGACUAUGCAGUUUAUAGGCACAUUUCCCCCCUGCCUGAGAUUUCUUCGAGAGUCCCAAGUGGCCGGUAAUGAAAUUGGGAGGAAAUCAAUCAGUCAGUCGUAUUUAUUGAGCGCUUAUUGUGUGCAGAGCA